UGAGGGAAGUCCCUGCAAGUACAUAUACAUACAUACAAACACACACACUCUCAAACAAGGCAUUUAUUUAUUUUGUUUUGUUUUUUCUUCGUCUUCCUAUCCCGAUUGUCUUAGUCCAACCGAAUUGUACGAUGAAUAUCUACAACGUGAUCGUCAUUUUCGAAGUGCGAUUGUCGUGUUAUUUUGGGAAAUUCUAUCUAUUCCAUAAUUCCCAAAUGGCAAAGGGUAUCAUCAGUCAACCGUCCAUCAGAGUUGUUUGGACCAUUCGUUCGUAUUCGAAAUUAGCGCUCUAAAAUCCCUGCAAUCUGUUUGUUUGUUUUUUUACAUUUAUCGAAUUGUUUGCUUUACUUCUUUUCAAAUACUCGAUUGGCGUCUGUGGCCGUGGUAUUAUUGCAGGCCUUCGACAAUUUCAGAGCCAACCAGUGUUGUUUGUUGAUGUCAAAGUUCAAAACGUGUUUAAUCAGCGAAAACGUGUUCGUUUGUGUACAAAUAUCCAAGUUUUGCACGUGCUCCGCCACCGAUGGUCGUUGGGUGGGCACUCGAAGUGAUUUGAAGGCUGGAUGACCGAGUGCGUUUGGAGGGUUGGAUGAGAUUGAUAAGUGAUUGUGAAGAAGUGUACGGUAAGGAAAGAUUUGACGAGAAUUGCGUAAGAUCAGGAGGAGGGUUCUUUGUUUAUCGUGAAGAAGAAUUUUAUUUGCGCCGAGGAACGUAGAGGAAUGCAGAAGUGAUAAAUGAGGGAAGGUGUAAAAAGACAAUAUCGUGUAUGCAAAUUGAUUGAGUGGCGACGGGUUGGAGGCGAAGCAGAAAGAAGAGGAGCAACAGAAGAAGAAGUAGUAGCAAAAGAGAAGAAGAAGAAGAAAAGAGCGUCGUGGAGCGAAGAAGAGAAGAGGAGACGAGAAGAAAUGCCAUCAUCGGUUACACAGUGAGAGAGCCACUGUGGAGUGUUUAAAUGAAAAGGAGGCGCCAAUGGUGCGUGUUUCUUUUGCUCUUCCCAAUAAAUCUCUGGCCGGAAUCUCGCAUGUAACUCGAAGAAUGCAAUCAGAUAUAGUGGCGUGCAGCACUUAAUUACUUUUAUACGUAUGCUGUACACUCAUACACAUUCUGAUCUCUGGCGCCUGUCUUUGAAUACAUCAAGGCUAACACGGCAAGGAAAUUUAGGCGCCACCAUUCAAGCAUCAGUUUCAAUCAGACCGGAGAGCGAACAGGGUGACAAAACCAAACACCAAACACGCGAACGCACAACCGAACGCGCGCCAAUCCUUCCGGUUCUUCUCACAGGAUCAUCCAUCGAGUCGUCCUGCCGCCCGAUCUAUCGACGGACCAACCGACCGACCGAAAGGCCGACCCUUCGUCCUACGUCCCUUCGAGAAAAACCUUCAGAUAGCGCGACCGUCGCCUCGUCGUCCGUUUUAUUUUUUCGCACUUUCUCUCGUCAUCGCCCAAAAUUCCGAAAGAACCAGGAGGCAAAUGUCCAUAGCCGGCUUUCCGCAGUUGCGACGCCGCAACUGAUUACCGCACAGAGACCGACCGCAGAGAGGAAGGACAAUAAACAACAGCGGUUCCUGUUGUUUGUUGUUUUCUUGAAGAACACCACCAUCAACUACAGGAGCAGCUGCAGCAGCAGCAGCAAGAACAACCACCACAGUUAUCGACGCAUCCUUUGCAACCGCCUUUCGCGCCAACGUUCGCUUACGCACUGACCGGGAGCCUUCUCCAAGGAAUUCCUUCCUCGAUGGUGCUGGCCCACCUUGUGCUCAUCAUGUCACCCCUGUUAUUAUCACUCCUUGGCCUGUCGAUGGGGGUGCACCAGAACUGCGCCGUCUGGAGGGAGAUCAGCCCGUGCACGUGCAAAACGGAGAACCAUACGAAGGUGGUCAUCAUCUGCGAGAAGAUGCAAUCAUUCGCUGAGAUCAUCGCUUUGCUGCAGAACCGAUUUUCGCCGAUGGUCCACAUCACUCUCAAGAUCAACGACUCCAAGCUCGAGGACCUUUCCUCCAGGUCCUUCAAGGAGAUGAACAUGACCAUCGAGAACCUCCAGCUCACGUUUAACGAAUUAAGUGAGCUGAAUCCUUACACGUUUGCCGGCCUCACGCACGUCACCUAUUUAUGUUUAUCCGACAACAUGAUUCCCUACAUGCCCAUCGAGGUGUUCGAGAUGAUGCCAAACGUAAAAUCGCUGGACAUCGGCCGUUUGAAACUGAAGAACGUGCGCGAAGAAAGUCUGAAAAGUUUCGCGAUGCUCGAAACCCUCGUCCUGGCAGGCAACAUGAUCUACAGAAUCGACACUCACUCCUUUCCCGAAACUGUUGUCAGACUGCAUCUGGGCAGAAACUCGAUCAAGGAUCUGAACGGCACGCUGCGACACCUGAACGACCUUAAAUGGUUGUUCAUCAACUCCAACGAUCUGGUAUCAUUGGACGAUCAGCUACCCAAGAAUGGUGUCGAUCUUAGGAUGCUCUUCGCCUCGAACAACCGCAUCCAGAAGCUGCCGCAGGAACUGAAAACGAUGCCGUACAUAAAAAUGUUAUUCUUUCAGCACAACCAGCUUACCUCUCUCGACGGUAUUCUUUCGAAAUCCCGAUGCCUGGAGAGCGUCCACUUAGAGAACAACAGAAUCUCAAAGUUAUUGAGGGAUGAUUUCUUGGAAAACGAAAGACUUAAAGAGCUGGAGCUGCAAUUCAACUAUAUUACCAGCUUGAACGGGUCCCUUCUGCCUCUUCGCAAUCUCUAUAGUCUGAAUUUAACGCAUAAUCUGCUUGGCGAGUUCUCAUGGCAGGAAAUUCGCGGAUUGCACAAUCUGAAAACGCUUGACGUGUCUUACAACAAAAUCAGAUACCUAAGCGGAUCGAUGCCAAACUUGAUCGAAUCCGAAAUAUCGUUGACGACACUGAAAUUGGACCACAACGAGUUGCAUUCAUUGAACGGCGUUUUGGCUGGUCUAAGAAGCCUUCUUCGUCUGGACCUAAGCUUCAACAGUAUAACAAGAAUUUCGCCUGAUGAUUUAAUCGGUUUGGAUCGCCUAACCCUGCUCGAUAUGUCGCAUAAUAAGUUGACUACUCUGGAAGAGACGAGCAAGACGUUCCUGCCUUCGCUGGAGGAGCUCAUCGCUUCUCACAAUUAUCUCACGGUAUUGGACAAAGACUUCCAUGGGCUGCCCGUCUUGUGCUGGGCCUAUCUUUCGAACAACCAGAUCGUGUCUUUAGGCAAAGAUUUAGUCAGCAAAACGCAUUGCAGAGUGCGAGAUGGCGUGCACGAGGACAACUGGGGAGUCUUGCAUAUUGAUCUUGAAGAAAAUCCGAUAUUGUGCGAUUCUGGUUUCUCCGAAAUCAGUUCUGCAAUGGAGGUGAACCAUACGAAGAUCACAGGGACGACUCACUGUCCGCAGGAGGAACCUGUCGCAACGCGCGAUACGAUUUACCACGUCUACGAAGCAACGACGACGUCACCUCUAUACAAUUCCCUGCCGGAUCUAAGGGGAUACGCGCGUCCUGAGCAACAGUACGUCCACAUCCAAGAUCAGGUGAGGCACAACCACGGCCUGAAGACGUUCCAGCAGAAUUUCGACGGCGUCCAUGUAAGACUAGGUCACGAUUCGCAACCAAUUCCCAAGGACCAAUUGAGCGGCGGAGACCAAUUGACCCCGAGGGCGCGCUCCAAUUUGGCAGUAACCGAGUUGCCAUUGAACGAUCAGCCGAUCUACACGAACGUCGAUCCCGUCAUCCAAGAGCAGCAGAUCAGUCAGCUGGCGACUGAGAUCGAGCAACUACGGACACGGCUUCAAGAGCUCACCUCAGAAAACCAAAGACUCACUAGGAAUCUGCACGACAUUCGUCCUCCUCAAAAAUUCUCGACCCUCCUCUUAUCGACAACCAAGGCACCAACAGACGAAUCCAACGAGCGCUAAACUCCUCAUAUACCAAGUUACAUACAGCAACGAAGUAUAUAACACGGUUCCAACGUAUUACGCAAACAUAACAAGAACAACGACGACGACAACAACACAAGCAAAGCUCUACUAUUGGGUUCAAUUGCCGAACACACGCACACACACACAAACAUGCACACAUUCUCUACUUAUUUAUUAGAUAUAUCUUUAUUUCUCUCUAUAUAUAUAUAAAUAAAUAUAUCUCGCGAACCACCACACAAAACAAAGGGCACUUGAAGCUGAUAGUACCUGAUAUCGAAUAGUUCUAUAGGAAUUCAAAUAAAGUAAUUUAUUAGAUGAAUUAAACUAGUCACUAUUAUUAUUAUUAAUAUUCUCUGUUUGU